AUACGAUGCACCACUUCUCCAUGGAUAUGUUCUUGCUUUCUGAGAAUGCUGAAGGUGCUGCUACAAGAGAAAGGAGCUCAAAAGAUGCAGAUGAAAUGUUCAAAAACAAUACUGAAAGAUAUGAUUCUCAGAGUUCCAUCUUUAUGUCAUCCAAAACAUGCAAUGAACAUUUCAAGGAGGAAGACAACGAUCUAAGCAUAAUCCAAAACGUCUACGAAAGGAAUGUUUCGCUGAAAGAGUUGGAUCUGACCAUUUCAGCUAAGAACAACAAUAUUGGAAAUCACAGUUACCUCCCUGCGCAAGACACUCUAGAGUCCGAAAUUACGAAUUCAUUCUGCACUGACGAAGAGUUAACGCGACAUGACCAAGACAAUGUGCACAGCCAUGACGACGAAGCAUCACCCGGUCAAAGGUCAAAGAGCUCGAAAGCACUAUGGGGGAGACUAACCAUGUGAUAUCGCCCAAAGAGGAGAAGAUUUCUCAAAAUGGCAGCCAGACGACAGAUUCUGCACAGCCUGGCGUCCAUGUGGCAGCAAAGAACGCAGGGGAGGAAACUGCACACGUGCAAUUGUCACCCUUUCCUUACAGUGGGAUCGAAAUUUGUGGCAUUUGCAUCAUCUGUGGAUAUGUUCUUUUUAUGUGUAUCCACAAGAAAAGGAAAUAUUGGAAGAACGAGUCGACGGAAGCUGACUUUACCGACGAAAAGAAACUCCAGAAAAAGAACUAUCCUUUAUGGAAUGCUGAGGAUACCUCUGAAGGCCCAAAAGAUGCUAGUAUUUUUAAAUCCACAGGAAAUUGGCCUUUCCAGAUGGCAGAGUAUGAAAAGAUGAUAAACCUGAUGGCGCCGGUCUUAUUUCAGGGUCCGUACGAAACAUUAUUUGAUGAAACUUUUAUUGUUGGCCCAAAGACACAUGUUCAUACCCUCAUACAUGAAAACGCAAAAGUGAAGACGGCCAGCUUCCAAUCACCGGAGUGGACACAGGAGAUCACAUGUGGAACAUCUGGGUUAGGUGUACUCGAGGUCGAAGUAAAUCCGGUGAUUCCAAGCUUUGGUCGCGUAGCCUCGAAAAACGCAAAUAACUGCAUCAAAAGACAACCCGAGAACGAUGAAAAACAUGACAGAUCAUCGUCUAUACCACCAUCAGCUAACAGCAACAACCCACAGUCUGAUUACAAGGCUGACUUUUCUAUGAGGAUCCCAGAAAAGCGCUACAACAACAUCCCGUUGUCAGAGAAACUAAGAGAGGAAAGAAGACCCAGACCUACCCAAGAGACACUUGAAUAUUAUUUAGAAAAAAAAUUGAAGAGCGGAGGCAGAAAGCCCACAUCUGGCAAUCACCUCACGUCACAUUCCAAAGAGGAGGUAUGGGAUAGUUUCAAGUCUGACAUCGAUGAGUCAGGUGGCCCUGUUGAAGGAAGUGAGCCAAAACAAGAAGAAAGGCGAGAUAAUCGCACUGAAAACUGUACUAAUAAUGGGGCUUAGCGGGGCAGUGUCUGGCGACCAGGGCGCCAGCGCGGACAUACGUGGCUCGAACAGCACCAGUGCAGGGAGCUCCGGGGAUGAUGAUGACGACGACGAUGAGGAUAAUAGAAAUCGCCAGAAACAUGUCGACCACAAGCAGGAAGGAUAUCAACGGAGGAAAAUAAAGAAAAAUCGUCAAGAGGAGGAGGAGGAGGAAAAAGAAAAAGAAGAAGAAGAAGAAGACAACGAUUCCUCAUUCGACAGAGAUGGCAAAACCUGCCAAAGAGAUGACCUCGAUGAUCAGUUCGACGUUUCUAGGCAGCUUGAAGCUGAGCAUCCCAUGUCUAGACAACUGGCGACCAGACAUCCCAUGUCUAGACAACUGGCGACCAGACAUCCCAUGUCUAGACAACUGGCGACCAGACAUCCCAUGUUUAUGUCUAGACAACAAUUCCUGCUUAGACAACUUGCGACCGGACACCCCAUGUCUAGACAGCAGCCGACCAGACACCUUACAGAACUAAUUUUAGCUUCUAAUAGCCCCCUUUGGCUGCUGUUAUUCCGAAACCUAUUUUCAACCAGUUCAAGAUGGCUGCAAAAUCUUAGCAUCAUCACAGUCUCACCCUCGGCAGGACCAUAUGUAGUGUGGAACAACUGCUAUCAAACCACCCUGACCGAACAAUUAAGAGCGAGCCAAAACUUCAGUCAUGCCACUCUCACUGGACUAUUAACAAUAAACCACAACUGUCAUAGCACACUUGGAUUGGAGCGCAUUCACAUUUAUUUCAUCCUCACUGGACAAUGUAGAGCGGGCCAAAACUGCUGUCAUGCCAUCUGCACUGGACCAUCUGGAGUUUGCCCUGUUUACUGGCCCGCCCAACUCGGAUGUUUUUAUUGCGAAAUACUGUGGCUUCUAGUCGGUUGCCUCCAGAGCAGUUUCUGCCCCAUGCAAGAAGAAGAGUUAUCUUGGCACUCGCUGCCGUCUCAAACAUGUUUUCAAUUUCCGUUGGCCGAAGGGUCACAUACCAUCUGGGUCUCUGGCUGGGUCUCCAGAGAGACAGAAAGUUUGCAUGUACUGUGUAUCUUGCCCUCAGUUCCAAGCAGGACGCCUUCCUUGGAGUCCUUUUCACAGUUUCUUGCAAGAGAUUCAUAUCCCCGUAGUUACUCCGGGACUCGGUCUCUGCUGCCUCAUGGCCACAUCUCUAUGGACACAGCUAACUCAGCAAUCCACAAUCAACAAGCUUUAUCUGAAAUGUUGCUGCGUGUUUUGGCCGAAAUAUCUAGAGCAGCUCCUCUAGCAUCUGUGCUAUCCAAUCAAGCUCUAGCAUCAAAUAGUUCCCAAUGUUUUCAAUCAGAAGCUUGUCGAAGAAAUCGUUGUCCGCAGAGAGUGUUAAGGGAAAGCUGUGGGGAGAUUUCGGCCGCACAUUCCUCCCGCCACAAUGAAAGAAGUGUCCACAUGUACAAUUGUGGACAGGACAGUAUCGUCAAUGAAGUAAAUGCCAUAACAGCUGUAGCCAGUCAAGAGGCAGCGAGCCAACAGGCAGUUACUGGAAGACAAAGGACAGCACAACAUGAGGUAACAAGUCUACAAGCAGGUAGCUCUCACCUGGUCCAGCACAGAGAUGAUGAACAAAAUGAGUCCCAGACACUUAAUCAAGAAGUCCCCAGAAGAAACGUUCAUUUACCUGAGACUGAAGGAAGACCACCUUCAUUUGAUGGGGAUGAUAGUUCUUCUGAUGAUUACGAUGGUGAUGAAGACGACGACAGCGACGGUAGCGAUGAGGAUGAAGCAGAAGCAGAUGAAGAUCCUGGUCCACGCCUGAUACAACAGUUUCGGCAGCCCUGCUUAAGAAUACGCGGUCAAUUUACAGUGAUAACCACCCCAGAUAACGAUGACGAAGAAAAUGGCAUAGUUGCCUGACGAAUUCGAGGAGGAUAACAUCCUUCAUCCUGAGCGCGAGCUUUCCCUGCCUGAGAUUAAGGUCUUCAGUAACUCUCAUAGCCCAACCUGAAGAAGAUGAUGACGUGGACAAUGAAGAAAGUUGAAAUGAGUGAUGAUGACGAUCCAGACGAUCUACGUUAUUUGAAAAGGACACGGGAUAAAGAGAGCAAGAAGACGAAGAAAGAAGGCAAGAAGAAUGAAGACAAGUAUGAAAACAGGAUUGAAGACGGGGAAAAGGAAGAUGGGAAAAAUGAAAAUGGGAAGAAUGAGCCCAAAGAGAAAGAUAAGAAUAUGGACACUGGCGGUAUAAGCGAUGAAGCAAAUGCGAUAACGAUGAUAGCGAUGAGAGAGAGUUUAAACAUGCAGGGAAUAAUGAUAAACGCGAUUUUACAGGAAAACAGUUUGCUUGAAAAAGUUCUAUAUCUGCAACUUUCUCUGGGCGGAGAAAGAUUGUCAAGUAUUCAAACCAGAGAAUUAAUAGUAGCAAGGAAUGGUACCCUGGAGAAUAGAAACAUUAGGCGAUUUUAUUCUCCCUUUUUAACAACCAGUUCACCAUGGAGCCGAACCUGCCCAGGUCUUUGCUCGUGGAGUUUUCGAAGCCCUGUGAGCCAUGAGUCGAUCCUGACCGUAGAGAAUGUUGUUACAAGGGGAUACACAGUUAGUCUGUUCAAGAUAAUCAUUCUGAACUACACAAACGCACAAAUGUGUUUCUCCGCAUUACAAGAGGAGUUUACUGCAGGAAUUGCCAGCUUGAACCUGAUACAACCAGCAGGAGAUGACUCCUAUGGUCUUUUCAGAUGGAGUUUUGGAAACUCAGGGUCACUCCUGAUAAUAAAUGAUGCUACAAAGGGAAGACGACUCAUUUUGGCCACAACACCACUGUCAUUUCUGAAUGAGUCUAGAAUCUUACUUGUAUGGCAAGAAGCGUUUACUGCAGGAGGUGUGAAUUUACAGCUGGUACAAGCAGCAGAAGAUAACUCUAGCAGAGCAAUAAUAGUUCGUACACAGUUUUGGGCCUUGGUACCUGUAGAAGUUCUGCGUUUUCGCUGUGAACCCUACUCAGGGCCACACAAUUCUGAUGGGAGGCAAAGUCAGGGUGUGCUACGCCCACUGCGGUCUCGUGAAAGACCUCAAGACCUCGGUGACUUGGACCAAGAAAGCCUUGUAUCAGUCGUGGCCUCGAUGGACAGUGAACAAGCUAACAUGCCUGCCAGUAGGACACGUGCAAAGGAAUGGUCGUGUGCAAUUCCCGGGAGAUGUGAUUCUGCUUGUGGAAGUGCUCCUUCCCCUCGGUGCAAGAUAAAGGCUAAAGGCCCGUCUCCAGAGUCGAGCAGUAGCAAGAGAAAUACCAUUCGUUCGACCAACGUAGGUUUCGAAAGAAACAAGGACCCAGUAAAUAUGAAUGCCGCUCUGAAACCGCCUCGGCAUCUGAUACACAGAAAUACAUUCCCUGCCUCAAAGGGUGAUGAUGAAAUGUUCUUCAGUGGCACGAUGGCAGCACACAGCAAGAGGAGACUGAGCAGUAAUACGUUAUUGAAUUAUUCGACGCAAUGCACAGAUACAGGAGGUCAUGCAGUGGCAUGUGACAGUAAAGGAAAAUAUGAAUCAGCUUGUAAGGCUGAGUCUGAAGAUGUUUGUACCGAAGGAACAAGUUGCAAGCGACCAGUGAUGGAAACAGGAUGGCAGUUGUACAACGCUCGUGAAGAUGUGCAGGAUAAGAUAAUAGUUGAUGGAACAAAUACAAGCGGAAACAAUGGCCGGGCAUGUAGAAAAACAACGGGAAUAAAAGGAGAAACAGAAACAAAACUGAGGACACCAGUUCAAUGUGAAGAUCUCUGCUCUGUGCACCAUAACAAUGCAUCUGGACACAUGACACGUGCUAACGGCGACCCCGACUUGGGCAACCAGGGUGAAGAGCGCAGACGACCAGUGCCGAAAGGCAACCUGCGAAUGCACGGAACUGUGUUGUACGCUCAGUGUGAAGAUGAUUUGCUGUUUGAGUACUCUUGGAAACUGGAAGAGGAACACCGACAGGUGAUGAUGAGGUUACUGUGCCGCAGAUGCAGGGCUUCACCGUGGAGUGUUGUCCUGAUACCUUGCGGGCACCUCUUGUGUUCGUCUUGCUAUCAAACACAACAGAGUUGCCCCAUCUGCCAUGAGAAAGUUGAUAAAUCCAGCCAUGCCCUGCUUUCAUGAUUGUGUUGUACCCGUUCAACUGGCCCAUAGAAAAGAACAUGUUCUUUUUAUUAUCUGGGAUUUAACUUGAUUGGAAUAAUUUUAAUAAAAGUAAUAGCAAAUAUUCCUUUUAUUAAAAUAUUCUAGUUCAUUUAGUUUGUAAUCAGAUUAUAUUAAUUUCUUACUAAUUUCAAGGGUCGUAGCUCCUGUAAGUUGAGCUAGAUAAGGCCGGUACAUACGAACGUGGUCCCCAAGUAACACUGAUACAUGCUUCAUACACCAGCCGGUGGGAAAACAUCCUUCGAGAUCCUGCAAAAGGCUUGCUUGCAGGAAACUCACCUUGUUGGGUUACUGGACAGAGGCAGAAUUAUUUUUUCUGCAGAUCUUUGGCUUAGACACCAGGGCUUCUGCUUACGCAAAAAAUUGCGUACAGUACGCAUUAAAAGUUCGGAGGACCCCUUCAAUUUUGGUCAAUGGGGUCCCCUUCAAAUUUGGGCGAAGAACAGGGACCCCUUAAAAAUCUGAAGAAGGCAUCCCUGAGACCCCAAAGAGUUUAGCCUUAGCAGAAGCCCUGAGACACCAAGACAGAAGGAAAGCCAGGAUAAGAAAGAGAAUAUUAAAGCAGAGAGAAUCGAUGAAGAUUUCAGUUCUUGAGAAUCCGUUCAGAAAUGUAAAGUUUGGCCUCUUAAAUUUUACUUUCACUAUCAGAUGAGCUACGUCCCUUGUUGGAGUAAAGUUAUGAGAAAAACGGAGUAGAAACAUGCAUUUUCAUCACGAAAUAUUAGCCUCUGUUUAUUUUCAUCCUGGCUAAAUGACAUUCAGAAUUCAUACAUAACACCAUUCUGAGCUGUAAGAGUAAACAUUCCAACUUACAUUCCUAUUAACAAAAAAAGGAUAUAGAAUUCCACACACUCCUUGAACUAAGAAUCAGUCAUCCUCAUGUUAAACCACUCUGUCACAUGUCGUCCACCUACAAUUAUUAUAGUGACCACUUAUCUUUCACCCAAAGUGCUUUAGUGCAAAUGCUGAUGAUUCACUGCUGCUCAUGUUUAACAGCAUUCUUUAUACAAAAACUGACUUUUGCUGUUCAAACCAUCUCUGAACUCUGCUAUACAUUACUUCUGAUUUUUAAAAAGCCAGUGAAACUUACAUUUGGGUAGGUUUUCAACAGCAUGUUGUCUACACAUUUUUUUCCUUUUAACUCUGGUUGUUUGUUCUGUCUUAAGCUGGGCUGAAGUAAAUAGCUUUUUCGUUUUGUAAUUAAAAAUGGAGAAUGCUGUCCCCUGAUCAGGGGAGGAUGCCUUACAUUUCACGCAUUUCGAUUUUGUAAGUGUGAAAUGAGUCGUUUGGCAUGUCCUCAGUUCCACAGAGGGCAGUGUUACAAAGAGAGUCAGGUGUUGCUAACAUGAUACAUGUACAUCUUUUGUUUAAAAGUACAAGAAAGUAAAUACUGGAGAAAUGUGUAUACGUUGACAGUUGUCAUCAUAGAAAAGAAGUCACAGAAGGACAGGCUGAGGAGAGUGCGGUGAUGAAAGAUGUUUGACAGCUCUUGGUUGUAAUUCUCCAUUAAAAAGCCUUGUGCAUGCAGUACAAUCAGCCAGCAGAUUUCCAGUUCAAACUUAAGACAGAGGUUAAACGAAAUAAACGAACAACAAGUGAUAAAAAAAA